AAAAGGCCCUUCAAUCGAUCGCGAACUCUGCGGUAGUCCUCGCCAACGUGAAGCAAUGGAGGUCGGGGGCGGCGAGAAGCACUUCGUGCUGGUGCACGGCCUCUGCCUCGGCGCGUGGAGCUGGUACAAGGUUGCCACGGCGCUGGAAUCCGCCGGGCACCGCGUCACGGCGCUGGACCUGGCGGCGUCGGGCGCGCACCCGGCGCGCCUGCAGGAGGUGCGCUCGUUCGAGGAGUACUCGCGCCCGCUGCUGGACGCGGUCGCCGCGGCGCCCGACGGCGACAGGCUGGUCCUCGUCGGCCACAGCCAUGGCGGUGCCAGCCUCGCGCUCGCCAUGGAGAGGUUCCCGCGCAAGGUCGCCGCCGCCGUGUUCGUGGACGCCGCGAUGCCGUGGGUCGGCAAGCACAUCGGCGUCACCACCGAGGGGUUCAUGAAGAAAGCUGCAUCCAAAGGGCUGCUCAUGGACUGCCAAAUCGUGGCCAUCACCGACGGCACCGGCAGCGAAGAAGGCGCCGGGCAGCGAGGGACAGCGAUCGUGAUGGGUCCAGAGUUCUUGAAGAAGUGCUACAAGGAGAGCCCCGCGGAGGACCUGACCCUGGCGACGCUGCUGGUGAGGCCCGGCAACCAGUUCAUGGACGACCCGGUGAUGAAGGACGAGGCGCUGCUCACGGCCGCCAACUACGGGUCCGUUAAGAAGGUGUUCGUGGUCGCCAAGGCCGCCCAUGGAUCCAGCGCCAGCGCCGAGGAGGUGCAGAGCUGGUUAGCGGCCACGAACCCCGGCACGGAGAUGCAGGAGAUCGCCGGCGCCGACCACGCUGUCAUGAACUCCAAGCCGAGGGAACUUUGUGACGUCCUUGUCGGGAUAGCCAGCAGAUACGACUAAUAAGAAUGUCGAACACUAUUAUUGCCGCCGCGCAACUAGGCGUGCAUGAUCGGUUGAUGAUGUGUAAUUUGUGCUAUCUUUAAAAUAGUUAUUAUGCUUAAAUUUUACCUAUCAACAUCUUCCAUUUCAAAUUC